CUGACGUCACAGGGAGUGGUCGGAGACCAUAGAGAGCAGGGGGAUAGACUGUCACAGGGAGUGGACGGAGACCAUAGAGAGCCGGGCAGUAGGGGGAUAGACUGUCUGAGGAUACGGUCGUUCUGUCGUGUUUACCGAUCCGGUGACCCUGGCUCCGAGCUUCCCGUCCCCGGCCGCCCAGCCCCGGAGCGCUCCCCGCCGCGGGAGGAUGAAGGCCUCGUGUGAGGCGGAGUCCGGGGCCUGGGGCUCCCUGGGCCGAGCCUGGAAACACAUGUCCUGGCUGUACUACCAGUACCUGCUGGUAACCGCACUCUACAUGCUGGAGCCCUGGGAGAGGACCAUCUUCAAUUCCAUGCUUAUAUCCAUCAUGGGAAUGGCCUUGUACACUGGAUAUAUAUUCAUGCCUCAGCAUAUACUGGCUAUCUUGCAUUACUUUGAGAUCGUUCAGUGACCAAGGGGGAGAGCCCUGCUCAGCAAGGGCUGUGAGAGAAGCACGGUUCAUUUCUCUCAGAGGGCAUACCUGGCACUGGAGCUGGACGCUGGCAUCGUGUUUGAAACGUGAACAUCCAGUGGUGGAACGAUGUAUCAUCAGUGAACUUCCACAUGACAUCUGAAGUUCUGCGUUAACAGAGACAACUGCUGUCUAAUACAUUUGUAGUCAGAAGGGUCUGCAAAACCAUGCAGGGCACUCCUUUACAAGUGUUGGUGUUAUUUUCUUGUUUGUAAUAUGAAUUUUAAUAUUGCACUGUAAAUGGCUUUUUUUAUUUUUUGUUUUAACGUUCAGCUAAUUCCAAUGUGUAUAUAUAUCUUGUCAAGCUUUGUAGCUGUGACUGCUUUUGUACACAAAUAAGAGUGCACUUGGCUUUUUUGUAUUGUGUGACUGCAACACUUCUCACUAUUGCUCUAACAUAAUUUUAAUUGCUUUAAACAGAUUUGCUGCUGGUCCAAUAAAAAAAAAAAGCAAAUCAAUAAAUGCAGUUACCCCACA